AUGCAGACAAACUUUCUUUCCCAGCAAUUUAAUGCUGGUUCUUUGGCAGAAAACUCCACGGCUUGUCCAGCAAAUGCUACUAUUUGUGAUGGCACCUCUUGUGUAUUGACAGGAGACAAUUUUAAUCAAACUUUGAGCGUAGUUUUAAGUACUGUUCUAACAAUCAUGCUGGCUUUGGUGAUGUUCUCCAUGGGCUGCAAUGUGGAAAUUAAGAAUUUCUUGGGCCACAUAAAAAGACCCUGGGGUAUAUUUGUGGGUUUCCUUUGCCAGUUUGGAAUUAUGCCUCUCACAGCCUUCUUGCUCUCUUUGGCCUUUAACGUCCUUCCAAUUCAAGCUGUCGUGGUGAUGAUCAUGGGAUGCUGUCCAGGGGGCACAGCCUCGAAUGUCAUUGCCUACUGGGUGGAUGGAGACAUGGACCUAAGCAUCAGCAUGACAACUUGCUCCACGCUGCUUGCAAUGGGAAUGAUGCCACUUUGUCUCUUUAUUUACACCAAAAUGUGGACUGAUGCUGAUGCAAUUGUACUCCCCUAUAACAGCAUUGGACUUUCUCUGGUAGCUCUUAUAAUUCCUGUUUCGUGUGGAAUAUUUAUCAACCACAAAUGGCCUAGUAAAGCAAAAAUCAUACUUAAGGUAGGUUCCAUUGUUGGAGCAGUGCUCAUCGUGCUCAUUGCUGUGGUUGGGGGAAUACUCUACAAAGGCUCCUGGGUUAUCACACCAAAACUAUGGAUCAUUGGCACCAUAUUUCCAGCGGCUGGCUAUACUUUAGGAUUCUUUCUGGCUCGUCUAGCUGGUCUGUCUUGGAACAGGUGUCGUACAGUGUCUCUGGAAACAGGCAUGCAAAACACUCAGCUAUGUUCCACUAUAGUACAGCUCUCAUUCACUCCUGAACAACUUGAACUGAUGUUUACUUUCCCACUCAUCUACAGCAUUUUCCAGCUGUUGUUUGCGCUACUAAUUUUAGGAGGCUACCGUCUUUACAGAAGACAUCAUGUCAAAACAAACACAGACAUUGAGAAAACAGCACAAAAAGAGGAUUCAAAAUCAAGUGCUAAAAUAAAUGGAGGAUUUAUAUCAGACGAGAUGAAAUAG